AUGCCCAAUACUAAAUUGUUGCCGCAUAGACAAAACCACGUAUUUAAGAUUUACAAUGAAAUAGAAAAAUAUGUUGCCUCCAGCGCACCUGAUAGAAAAGCUCAAAAGAACUAUUUCCUCGAUCUAGUAACAGAAAGCAGUGAACUUAAUGAAUGCGAAAAGAAUUAUUGCAAAGAAAUGUUCAUACGUAAUUUCGAAUUGCAUAAUGUAAUUCAUAAAUUUGGUGAGCCUAUGGAAUGUAAAAAUUGUAAAUCCGUAAGAUAUUCUGUCAGAUAUUGUGAAGUUUGCAUUAAGCAACAAUUACAGAGAUCUUUUGGAACAUGGACAUCUGAAAAUGCAAUUGUUGAUGAGUUCAUUCAAAAAUGUCAGUUAAUCUCGUCAGUUCCGCCAUAUAUUAUAGAGUGGAUCCCUUUUAAGCAAUUUAAAGAUGUCGAAUAUUUAACGAAGGGUGGCUUUAGCACUGUUUAUACUGCAACAUGGACAAGAGGAAGCAUUUAUGAUUGGGAUGAAAACAAAAAAAUGUUCAUUUACUUUGAAUAUUUUGGGCCUCAAAAAGUAGUAUUAAAAUCCUUAAAUAAUUCAAUUAAUCCCGGAAAAGAUUUUUUUGAUGAGGCAAUCAAUUAUUUUAAGAUUCAAUCCAAUUCUAUUGUUUAUUGUCAUGGAAUAACUAGAUUUCCUGAGAAUGGAAAUUACAUGAUAGUUAUGAACAGACAUCCAGAAGGAAAUUUAAGAAAUUAUUUAAAAAUAUGCAAUGGAUUGAGACCACUACUUUUACAAAAUAUCCCUACAAGCUUCGCAAGAAUAAUGCAAGAAUGCUGGAAUACUGAUCCGCGUAAAAGGCCAACAAUUGAAGAACUUUUCAAAUUCGCUAAUAAUGAACUUGUAAACGUUUAUAAAGACGGCAAAUUUGAUAAUACCAUUUCACUAAAUUCUGCUCUAGAUAAAAUAAAUAAAUCACAUCCAUUUUCAUAUUCAUCAAGUAGAAUAUUAACCGGUGUUAUUCCUGAAUCAAUUGGAAAUUCAAACUAUGUGACUUCACAAUAUGAUCUUACAUUACCUGAUAAAAUAUCUUAG